AUGGAUGAACAAGGAGGGGCACCGCAAUCACCUUUACCCCUCCCCGAAUUUGAUGAUGAUACGAUUGGACAUUGGGCUAGUCAUUUACCUGAGGUGGCUGGAGUGGUGGAAGUCAUAGAGCGUGCGGAAGACCUUCCACGAAUUCCGUGGCCAGACGACGUUGAAUUGGAGGAACAUCAACUUCAGGGAGUAGCAGACAAUGACAGUAACGCAGUUGGCAUGGAAGAGGAUCAACUAGCAGCCAAUGACGUCCGUAACGCAGUUUGUGAGGAGGAUGAUCAACUUCAGGCAGGAUUAAGAUAUGUGGAAAAAAAACAAAACAAAAUAAUUACACAGCAAACAAGUUUUGAGUGA